AUGCCACCACCGAACCACGAGCGACUAUAUGUUGACCUUAUAUUCCGCUCGAGUAGGAAAUAUCCAAACUGGGACCCCGAAGUGACCAUCCAAGUGGGAGACUACGGCCGAAUUACGCAAGGAAAGCGUGGACUAAAAUUCUGGAUGAAGAAUCGGGGCACGUUUCUGAAGGAGGGGAAUAUUUACAAGGAAGGGUUGGCAAAGCAGUAUGAGAUUCCGGAGGCGGUUGAGCAUGGAGCAGCGGCGACGGAGGGGAUCACUUGGAUAACUUCCAAGAAUGCAAGAGAUAUAUCUGUGGAGGCUAAUGUUGCUGAGCAAACGCCGGCACUGGUGGAAUGCGGAGUGAAAGCCGCGUUCAAAUUCACUUCGGGACGGGGGGCGGUGCUCGCCAUGAACAAUGACACAAUAUCCACCAUCGAUCCACCGGGAAAACUCCGUCACCUGCUCGCCGAACCGACAAUGAAAGGCCUCGUCAUAGUCUCAGAGGUGCACCGGUGUUCAUCCUAUGCGCGCUUCCUAUCCACGCAGAAUGGGGUAACCGUCGCCCUCGGCCUGAGCGCCGAGCCGCCAAUUGCGAACGUCGGCAAGGUCGGCACCGAUGUAAGGUGGGUGCACAGCUCCAGUGCGGGAAAUUUCAAGGCGAAGGUGGAUAAGACCGGAAAGAGGGUAUUUUGUCCGCUGUUCAGGCUUGUGGCACUGGUGGAUGAUGAUGUUGCUUCUGGAUUGAGGGGGGAGAUGGAUCAGGACCCACCGUUGCCUGAUGCGCUUCCGCCCUGGGAUCCCAUCGAGGAUGCAAUGGAGCAGGAGGAGGGGGACCUAACGGCGAGCCCGGAAGAGGGUACACUUCCCAUCGGAGAGAAAAAGUACACCUUUCGAAGACUCAGCGGAGCACAAAGAAUGUAUGAAGAGGCAUCCGAUUCACAUGGCAAUUUAGCAGAUCAUCAAGAUGAAUUCGAAGAUUAA